UUGUCCGAUCCUCCACCCAGCAACAAAGCGGUUAGAUUUUGGGUAAAGCGGUGAUAGCAAACAUGGGGUCACUGCUGCCUGGAGGAGGUAUGGACAGGAAAUCGGAAAUCCAUUGUUGCUGUUGAGACAAAUCCCCAUCGAACCAGCGGUAUGCCAGCCGUUGUUCGGUGACCAUGACGCCCCCUGGUUUCGAGAUGCGUGCACAGGACGAUGUACGGUUCGGUUCCGACCUCAGGAAGCUUUUAGCUACCUCGUGGCUGUUUCCGUCACUGGUGCAGCUGGCUCUCCACAUGACUCGUGGGGCUUGGAGCGCCUGUUGCUACUGGCCGAAUCCAUGCAUCGAGGACCAUGGUCGAUCUCCGCCAGCAGCCAACAACGGGAGAAAGCAAAACAAGCGAGGGCUGCUUCCCAGCAAUCCAGAGAAGCAGCAGGCUAACGAUGCAUUGGCCGAACUCUGUUCUCGGGCCCAUUUUUAUCUAGGUGAACUGAGUGGCUCGGUUAGCGAGUGCCCCCAACGGGAUGAUAGCGUAUAAGAAGUGAAAAAGAAAAAAAA